GUGCCAAUUUUUUACUUAUUGCAUUAUUUCUCUUCGUGUUUCCAAGUAUGAUUAAUCAUUUUAUUCUUCUUUUUUACUUAAUUUGUGAUUUUACCACUGGACAACAGUUGUCAUCCCAAAAUAAGUUCUAGAUUGGCUGUUCCAAAUGCCUGUUUGUGUUGCAUUUGGAUGUGCAAACAGAACUAAGUGCAAAACUGAGAGCCGGUCAACUGCCUCUACUUCUGAUGCCUCCAAUUCCAAAAUAUCAUUUCACAGGAUUCCCGGUAAAGAACCUCAGCGUAGUUCCUGGCUUCAGGCACUGAGACGAGCUAACUAUAAUCCUGCAAGUGAUGCUGAUGCUAGGGUCUGCUCUUGUCAUUUUACUGAUUCUGAUUUUUAUUUUACCAAUGAGGGCCUCAGAAAAAUCAAGAGGAAUGCUGUCCCCUCAGUUUUCCCGGCUUUCCCUAAGAUGAAAAACUUGAAGAAACUGGCAAAAAUAGAGGACUCACCAAUGGACUUGCAGAAGGGAGUAUGCUUUCUAUAGCUAAACAACUGAACAAAGAGGUCGAUGGUGGAUCUUGGAUCAUAGGAUCUGCACAGACAGGCGCUUACUUCAAAAUCCUGACAAGUCCGUUACAUUGAAUACUGAGCCACAGUUCAGCAGUGAGAUUUUACAACUGACUCGAAAACAGCGAAUGAACACUGACACUAGGCAACACAUAGUUUGUAUCCUGAUGACCGCUGAGGAUCACUUGGACGCUUUUGAGAAACUGCUUCACCUUGGUCUAAAAGGUUCGCAGGAGCAGGAGAUUUUGCGUGUUGUUGUUCAUAGUUUAUUGCAAGAAAGGCAGUUUAACGUGUAAUAUGCCCACCUAGCUCGGCAUUUUGGUGAGGCUGGUUGAAAGUAUCAGCUGAACAUCCAGUAAACUUUGUGGGACAAAUUUGAGGAUUUGAACUCCAUGUCCUCUGUUCAGAUCAGCGAUUUUGCCAAGUUUUUAGCCCAUCUGUUCCUAGCUAAAGCUAUUCCUAUUUCUAUUCUGAAGUGCGAUGAGUGGGGGCGUGGAGGUGGUGUCAUGCCCGAGCACCCCAAGUGGGGAAAUGGGUGUUGGGCACUUACACUAUAUCAACCCCGAUCACUGCAUUUCUUCGCUUUCGGCAAUCAAUAGAAUGAGACAAAAUAUCCAGUUAUGCGACGUGCGGUUACGUGUCGGAGUCGACAUCAUACAAGCUCAUAAAGUAGUUCUAGCAUCCAACAGCCCGUACUUCUUCGCCAUGUUCAACGAUGACAUGGCAGAGAAAUCGGCCAGGGAAAUAGUUUUGCACGAUGUAGAUCCCACCGCACUUCGACUUUUAGUCGACUAUUCCUAUACUGGCGAAGUACAAAUUACAGAAGAUAAUGUUCAGGUCUUACUACCAGCCUCGAAUCUUCUGCAAAUAAACCUAGUGCGUGAAGCCUGUUGUAAGUUCCUUUUGCGUCAGCUGCAUCCUUCCAACUGCCUCGGAAUUAGGAGUUUUGCAGAUGUACAUGCGUGUAAAGAGCUGCACAAACGAUCUCACCGAUACGCUCUACAAAAUUUUCAAGAGGUAGUCGGCACCGAAGAAUUUUUACUACUUCCCUUCUCGCAAGUUGAGGAACUGAUAUCAAAUAGUCAGUUAAACAUUGCGUGUGAAGAAAAGGUAUUUUUAGCUGUUCUCAGUUGGGUAAAACAUGAUCCUGUUGAAAGACUGCCUAGUAUUGCUAAGUUGAUGAAACAUGUAAGGUUACCAUUGGUCUCUCGUGAUUUCCUCAUGACCGCAGUCGACUCAGAGCCACUGGUCAGAGAAAAUCCUGAGUGUUUGGAGUUACUACUAGAGGCCAUGAAGUACCACUUACUACCAGAACAGCGAUCCUCUCUUGCAAAUCACAGGACAGAGGAAAGGAGACCCGAAGGCAUGCAGCCUUAUAUUUUUGCAAUCGGGGGUGGAAGCUUAUUCGCAAUUCAUAGUGAGUGUGAAGUUUACAAUCCUCGCACAGAUAGGUGGUUACAAAUUGCUCCGAUGAUCUUCCGGAGAAGUAGAAGUGGAGUCACUGCCUUAGGAAAACUCCUCUAUGUUGUUGGAGGAUAUGAUGGAGCUUGUGAUCUAGCAACCGCAGAAAGUUACAAUCCUUUAGUGAACAAAUGGACCUCAAUCACUCCCAUGGGAACCAAAAGAAGCUGUUUGGGAAUUUGCAGUUUUGAUGGUCUAAUCUAUACUUGCGGAGGUUAUGAUGGUGCUUCAUGUCUUAGUAGUAUGGAACGGUAUGAUCCUUUAACUGGAGUCUGGACUUCAUGCCCUCCCAUGACAACCCGAAGAAGAUAUUGUCGGGUAGCUGUUGUCGAAAAUUGUAUCUACGCUCUUGGUGGAUUUGACUCGACCAAUUACCAAGCGAGUGUGGAGCGGUUUGACCCCCGAGUUGGACGGUGGUUUAGUGUGCCCUCGAUGAGCAGUCGCAGAAGCAGUUGCGGUGUGGCAGCUCUUGAUGGAAUGUUGUACUGUAUCGGUGGAAACGAUGGGACCAUGUGCAUGGGCAGUGGAGAACGCUUUAACAUCAGAAGGAAUGCAUGGGAGCCUAUUGCAUGCAUGCACUCACGCAGGUCAACUCACGAAGUAAUAGUCACCGAUGGUACAUUACUCGCUCUUGGCGGUAACGAUGGCAGCUCCAGCCUGAACACAGUAGAACGCUAUGACCCGAAAUCCAACAAAUGGUCUCUAGUCACUUCCAUGCUCAAUCGGCGCAGUGCAUUGGGAGCCGCCGUUCUGGACUGCCUCAACAUCGAGCGGCGGCUGGUCCCUCACCCCUCCCUGACAAACGGCACGACCCAGAUCACUUGAUUUAAAUGGUUCUCAUCGGCAUCUUGUGUUCGAUGUAUACAUGCAGCAACCGGCACCGUUGUACAGUAGCCAACAGUAAAACACGGAAAAUAUUAAAUUCCUGAUUUAACAAUUCUGUGAUUAAAAAAGCAUCCGACAUGUUUCAAUGUGGAUUUUACAAUAAAAAAAUGCUAAUUUAACCACCUUUGUGAUUAAAUUAGCUUUCCACCACUGUAAAAUGUACAUAUGAAACAUGACGGACAUAGUUUUUAACAAUUUAAUCGUUAAAACAGCAAUCCAUGAAUUUUAAAAUGACAACCUGAUAUGUAGUUCUCUUCCUCCUUUUUGUGUCUUGACCUACAGGGCACUAUAAAAGACAUUAUUGAACUUUGUCCGAUGUAUAGUACUCUCGACAUUCUUCAAGCGCUUGCUUUAUGUGAAGGCUUGGAAAAUUUUGGUCAUUCUUCAUUGACAUUUUGUGAAAAAAAAUAUUGGUGCCGUUAAAAACAAAAAAAUACAAAACUUAUUGAAACUGAAGUAAUGAUAUUACAGAAAAAUCAAAAUGCAUUCACUUUAUGAUUGACUUAAAGUUAUUUUUCUGUUACUUAAAUCAACUUAAACAUUCAAAUUCGAUCAUUACUACGAAGCCUCUUUUAUAUGCCGCUUUCCUUCUUCUUAUUUGCAUAAACCAAAAUGAGGAACAUUUCUAAAUGUUUACACUUUGAAUAAAUGGGAAUACCUCCUUAUUUUUUAAAUCAAGAAAAAAAUCAAUCAGAUUUGCAAAGACUUAAUCUGAACGGACAUGUGCUUUGAUUGGGUCCAUGAUAUUAUUACUCUUUCAAUACUUCUAACUUUUUUUCGACUCUUUUAUACAAUUUUAAAUGAAGACUUUCAUAGCUUUACCUGUAUUUUAAUCUUAAUUUACUACACCUAUAAUAUCCACGUUUUUGUUCGAUCUCUCAAUGGCCUUGCAAACAUUGCUGUAUGUAAUUAAUUUGGAUCUGAAACAAUAGUUGUGCUUUUAGGAACUGGAGACCAUACAUAUUUUAUUCGGCUGAAUAUGACGGCUUCGUUUAUUUUUUACACACCUAUUUGUUACGAUUGUAGGUUUUCUUGUCUUAGGAUAAUUUUAUACUUUAGCAACUACUCGGCUUUGAACUUAUGAAAUACAAAAAAGAACUGCCUUACUUACUAUUAAAUUGACCACUAUGUUUGUGUUAAUUGAUUUACAAAUUUUAAGAUUUUUGUGAUUUUUAGUACAUAGUUAAAUCUUUUGAAAGUCGAAGUUGUGAUGGAAUUAAGACAUUGUUCUUGUUGUCUCUAAAAGGCUACUGCCAUAUGCAUAUCUGUUCAUUUUUGUCUUAAAAAUAGUAAUUUUGUCGAAAGGUUAAGAUUUUCUCAGAAUCUGUAUUACAUUUAAAGGGAAAUAUUGUGCAGGUAGUAGUUUUUCUUCCACACCUUUGUGAAAAGGAAAAUCUAGUUUAUCGGAAAAUUGGCAAUAAUAAUCAUAAUCGUAAUUAAUCAUUCAAUUUCAGAAAUAAGCUGCGUCCUAAAAAUUGGGACUGGGUGCUUGAAAAAAACUAAUUGUUCUUUUUUCCCUCAAAUUAUGAACAUGUUGGCUUGCUGAAAUUUUGCAGAAACACUUUUGACUCAAAGUUCCCACCUUUGAGGGUAGGUAACCCUUUAAUUUUUAUGAAAUUGAUCAUGAAAGCUUUUACAAUUUGAUUCCUUUAUGUGAGAUUGAUGAAAGUUCUGAUACAGUAAGGUACUUUGCAUUGGUAGGUACAAGAGGAAGUACCUUAUUCCCGAGCUGCCUUUAAUAGUUAAAUCUUCCCUCAUGCUUGUCAUGAAAACAAAUAUGCUUUUCAACUGCAUUUAUAUUAUGAUUUGAAUAAUGUAGUAUAUGUUCAUUGUUAGCAUUUUUUAUCAUUGCUCCAUGUCAUAUGUGUGAAAUACAGUUUUUAUAAAUGAA